CCGGGCUGAGAAUCCCCGCGUCUCCAUCAAACCUUCUUUGCGGUCGGUCCAUUGUCGCGCGUUCCGGUCCGGCCGGAAAACAAGCCCGCCGGCGCGCGCUUCCAACGGCCCCGGCCGCUGCCAGGCCUCCUCUGACAGCACCAUGGGUGACAGUGAUGACGAAUACGAUCGAAGACGCCGGGACAAAUUUCGAAGAGAGCGCAGCGAUUAUGACCGUUCCCGGGAAAGAGAUGAAAGACGGCGAGGGGACGAUUGGAAUGACCGAGAGUGGGACCGUGGCCGUGAGCGCCGCAGUCGGGGCGAAUAUCGAGACUAUGACCGGAACCGACGGGAACGCUUCUCUCCCCCUCGCCACGAACUUAGUCCCCCACAGAAGCGCAUGAGGAGAGACUGGGAUGAGCACAGCUCUGACCCAUACCACAGUGGCUAUGACAUGCCCUAUGCUGGGGGGGGUGGGGGACCAACAUACGGCCCCCCUCAGCCCUGGGGCCACCCAGACGUCCACAUCAUGCAGCACCAUGUCCUGCCCAUCCAGGCCAGGCUGGGCAGCAUUGCAGAGAUUGACUUGGGUGUGCCCCCACCCAUCAUGAAAUCCUUCAAAGAAUUCCUUCUGUCCCUGGAUGACUCUGUGGAUGAGACCGAGGCAGUCAAACGCUACAAUGACUACAAGCUUGACUUCCGAAGGCAGCAGAUGCAAGACUUCUUCCUGGCCCAUAAAGAUGAGGAGUGGUUCCGAUCUAAGUACCACCCUGAUGAGGUGGGAAAGCGUCGGCAGGAGGCCCGGGGGGCCCUACAGAACCGACUGAGGGUGUUCCUGUCCCUCAUGGAGAGUGGCUGGUUCGAUAGCCUUCUCUUGGACAUAGACAAAGCUGAUGCGAUUGUCAAGAUGCUAGAUGCAGCUGUCAUUAAGAUGGAAGGUGGCACAGAGAAUGACCUCCGCAUCUUAGAGCAGGAGGAGGAGGAGGAACAGGCAGGCAAGACUGGGGAGGCCAACAAGAAAGAGGAAGGCCGUGCUGGACCAGGCCCGGGGGACGGAGAGCGCAAGGCCAAUGAAAAGGAUGAGAAGAAAGAAGAUGGCAAACAGGCUGAGAAUGACAGUUCAAAUGAUGACAAAACUAAGAAAUCUGAGGGUGACGGGGACAAGGAGGAGAAGAAAGAAGAGGCUGAGAAGGAAGCCAAAAAGAGCAAGAAACGGAACCGGAAGCACAGUGGGGAUGACAGCUUUGAUGAGGGCAGUGUGUCCGAGUCGGAGUCUGAGUCUGAGAGUGGCCAAGCUGAGGAGGAGAAAGAGGAGACUGAAGACGCACUUAAAGAAAAGGAGAAGCCCAAGGAAGAAGAGAGGGAGACGCCUAAGGAUGCUGCGGGGCUGGAGUGCAAGCCGCGGCCCUUGCAUAAGACUUGCUCUCUCUUCAUGCGCAACAUAGCACCCAACAUUUCAAGGGCUGAAAUCAUUUCUCUCUGUAAAAGAUACCCAGGCUUUAUGCGAGUGGCACUGUCUGAGCCCCAGCCAGAGAGGAGGUUUUUCCGCCGUGGCUGGGUGACUUUUGACCGCAGCGUUAACAUUAAAGAGAUAUGUUGGAAUCUACAAAACAUCCGACUCCGGGAGUGUGAACUGAGUCCUGGUGUGAACAGAGAUCUGACCCGUCGUGUUCGCAACAUCAAUGGCAUCACGCAGCACAAGCAAAUAGUGCGCAAUGACAUCAAGCUGGCAGCUAAGCUGAUCCACACGCUGGAUGACAGGACCCAGCUCUGGGCAGCUGAGCCUGGGACGCCUCCUGUACCCACAAGCCUGCCCUCGCAAAACCCCAUCUUAAAGAACAUCACUGACUACCUGAUUGAGGAAGUGAGUGCUGAGGAGGAGGAGCUGCUUGGGAGCAGCGGAGGACCCCCUCCUGAGGAGCCUCCCAAGGAAGGCAACCCAGCAGAGAUCAAUGUGGAGAGGGACGAGAAGCUGAUUAAGGUCUUGGACAAACUCCUUCUGUAUUUGCGUAUUGUGCAUUCUCUGGACUACUACAACACUUGUGAGUACCCCAAUGAGGACGAGAUGCCCAACCGCUGCGGCAUCAUCCACGUUCGGGGGCCCAUGCCCCCCAACCGAAUCAGUCACGGAGAAGUGCUGGAGUGGCAGAAGACAUUUGAGGAGAAACUGAGUCCGCUGCUGAGUGUGCGUGAGUCCCUUUCGGAGGAAGAGGCCCAGAAGAUGGGACGUAAAGACCCCGAGCAGGAAGUGGAGAAGUUUGUCACCUCCAACACGCAGGAACUGGGCAAGGAUAAGUGGCUAUGUCCUCUCAGUGGCAAGAAAUUCAAGGGUCCGGAGUUUGUGCGCAAACAUAUCUUCAAUAAGCAUGCAGAGAAGAUUGAGGAGGUGAAGAAGGAGGUGGCCUUCUUCAACAACUUCCUCACGGACGCCAAGCGCCCAGCUCUGCCCGAGAUGAAGCCAGCACAGCCACCUGGCCCUGCCCAGAUAAUUCAUGCUCCUGUCCGUGCUGUACUCCCCCCAGGCCUGACCCCAGGACUUCCCUACCCACCCCAGACACCACAGGGCUUGAUGCCAUAUGGUCAGCCCCGGCCGCCCAUCUUGGGCUAUGGAGCUGGUGCUGUCCGCCCUGCAGUCCCCACAGGAGGGCCUCCAUACCCCCAUGCUCCGUAUGGUGCUGGCCGUGGCAACUACGAUGCGUUUCGAGGCCAAGGAGGUUACCCUGGGAAACCUCGGAACAGGAUGGUUCGAGGAGACCCCAGAGCCAUUGUAGAGUAUCGGGACCUGGAUGCCCCAGAUGACGUUGAUUUCUUUUGAGCUAUCCACUUGCCCUCCACACCUACGACCA